CUUGGUAUGAGAACAGAUAAGUCAGGUUGCUUCUUGCAGUCUGGAUCACAAAGCUGCAAGAGAGUGUUGGUGGCUUAGGCACAAAGCAAAAGAGAUAGUGAUCUGUGCAUCAUAGGCUCUGAGAGUGUAAACCUCAUCUGAAGCACGGCAGCAAGAGAGGACCAUGGCAUUUGCAGGGAUGCUGAGUGAGGAGGACAUCAAGGCUGCAGUCCAGGCUUGUCAAGCUCCAGGCACAUUUGACUUCAAGUCCUUCUUUGAAAAAGUGGGACUGACUGGAUCAUCUGAUGCAGAUAGGAAAAAAGUGUUUACAGUCCUGGACCAAGACAAGAGUGGUUACAUUGAGGAGGAGGAGCUCAAACGGUUCCUUCAGAAUUUCUGUCCUGCAGCAAGGGAGCUGACUGUGGCUGAGACCAAGAGUCUGAUGGCUGCAGGAGAUAAGGAUGGCGAUGGCAAGAUUGGGUUGGAAGAGUUCUGUAUUCUCCUGAAAUAAAGAAGUCAAGCAUAUAUGACGGCAGCUGUCACCCCGUUUUUUCUCAUGAAACUCCUGACAUUCCAAAAGUCUGAUGCGAAGCCCAGGAACCUCAGAUAUUCUGCACCUGCCUCUUGCUCUCCCUGUUGAUGUGACACAGUAAUGCAUAAAAUGUUUGUUGCACAAAUAGCUAAAGCUGGAUAUUAGUUGUGUAUUUAAUCAGUC